AUGCUCACCCCCUUAUGCCCUCUCUCCACCAUGCCCACCCCCCAUGCGCACCCCUCUAUGGCAGCAGGCACCUUCUUUCUGUUAGACGACAGCAGCAGCACGCGAGGCCCCAACACGCCCUGGAACAGCUUCAGCGGGCGCACAAGCUACCCACCAAGGCCCGUCAAAGUCGCUGUGCCGCCCGCCUUCAAGGCACUGCUGCCUGCCAACAGAUGGGACCGGGACGGUCGCCUGCGCACAUCGCUGGGCACGUGCCAUGCUGGACUCAAGCAGCCCGGGCACUCGCCACGCAAGAUCCCUUGUAAACCAGCCACCUUAUUUUCCAUUUCUGCCAUCCGUCACCCGGCCUGCCAGCCACCCUCUCUGAGCGCGUGGAAGUACUACCUCGCCGAGCCCCUCCCACUCUGCCACCGCUCGUGGCGCACGUCACCAGCCGCCAUCGUGUCGGAGCCACAGCCGCCCUCACCUUCAGCGGCACAGAGCGGGGCGGCGCAGCCAGGGCCGUCGUCGUCAUCCCCCCGCUCGUCACCAGGAGACACGGCCUCACAGCCACGCGAUUGCCACUUGCAACCGCUUGUUCUCAUCCACAUCGGCUAUGAGAAGCUGUCGCCAUCCCGCCGCCCCCCUGCUGCCCUUGCCACUGCCUCCGAUCAUCCCGCUCCCGCUCCCGCUGCAACCCCUCCCGCCGGUCCUGCUGUCGUUGCAUCUGGUCCAUCUGCUGGCCGUGACAUCACUCAUGCACUCACCUCGCCUGCCACUGCCACACAUAUUCAUGCCUUCUAUGAUAACACCGCUUCCGGCUCCUCGCCACCCUCCUCCGCCUUUAAGGUACCCGUGCAUAUGGGCGUGCGGCGAGCAUGCUUCCCAUUGUCACAUUCCGUCUCCACCACUCCCUCUUGUAUUCCUGUGCAGCUGGAGGCGCUAGUGGGGGUGGGCAUGUCGAUUGGAGAGCUGGGCAAAGAUACCCUCACGACGCCAAUGCACCUGGCAGCAUUGGGGGGACAUGUGGAGAGCAUGCAGUUGCUGCGAAGUCAUGGUGCCGACAUCCGUGCUCGCACCAGAAAGUGCUCAUGCAUCGCAUCUAAUAAUCCCGCACUUCCCUUUAUUGUUGUCCCCACCGCCUCCCUCCACUCUCUUCCCUGCUUCCUCGCCUACUGUCUCCCUCCACUCUCCUCCCUGCUUCCUCGCCUACUGUCUCUCUCCACUCUCCUCCCUGCUUCCUCGCCUACUGUCUCCCUCCACUCUCCUCCCUGCUUCCUCGCCUACUGUCUCUCUCCACUCUCCUCCCUGCUUCCUCGCCUACUGUCUCUCUCCACUCUCCUCCCUACUUCCUCGCCUACUGUCUCUCUCCACUCUCCUCCCUGCUUCCUCGCCUACUGUCUACCUCCACUCUCCUCCCUGCUUCCUCGCCUACUGUCUCCCUCCACUCUCCUCCCUGCUUCCUCGCCUUCAGGGACUCUGUUACACCAUGCAGCGAAAGAGCAGCAGUGGGAUGCGGUGAGGAGGCUGGCGCAGCAGGGAAUAAAGCCUGAAGAGGUGGAAAGGCCGGGGGCCAACCCCAAGGCGGACAAGCUGCCUGCUAACCUCAUGGCCCAAGCAGUGCAGAUAGUGCAGGAGGUGUAUGAGUUGGAGGUUUUGUUGACGGAGUGUAUUGUGGAGAAUGGUAACAGCAUGGGAGGGCAUGCCACGGCCGCUGGCAGUUAG